CGAGCGCAACACAGCGCGUCAAGACCUGCUCCGUUAGUGCUUGGUAGUCUGUCUAGUAUUCUAUGGCUGCUUUCACCCGCUCCAGCGCGUGCAAAACCCUCCCUCACGGUGGCAUACCUGCCUUCACGAGGGUGGUGCUCGAAGGCCAAGACGAGACGAUGGAGACGAAGAGAAUGGGACAAGACGAGAGAGAGAGAGAGAGAGAAGAAGAAAAUGGCACCAGAUGAAGAUGGCGUGCCUUCCUUUCUCUGAUGACUGCGCGAAUCGCUGUCGGUAGAAUUACAGUGCGCGAACAGCUAGAAAACGAUAAGCUUGGCAGAUCGCGAUCAAUGCUGCACGCACUCUCCUGCGCAUAUCACUUCACUUGACCUUACCGCAUCCGCUAACCAGUCACCGCAGAAGAAGGAGAGAUGGCAGAGUCAAUCCCAACCUUUUUCUGCGCCGUGUGCUUCCAGGACCCGGCCGGCAACCCAGCAGCCAUCAUUGGCGGCGCCGCGUGCUGCCAAAGAUGCUUCGACUUGGGCGUUCGACCCCAAUUCGAACGACAUCUAGUCAGCGAAUAUGCUCCCAUGGUCUGGCCAGGUCGCGUGGUACUUGAAGCUGUUCGACACCAAUUCUCCGAGAGCUUCAUGAGGGAGUAUGAGCAGCGCCUCCAACUCUACGCCAUCCCGGCUCAUGAGCGCCUGUAUUGCGCAGCACCUCGCUGUGAAGAGUUCCUGGGGGCAAUAUCGCUUCUCGACAGGCAGGUCACCUGCUCUGACUGCUCGGGCACGACUUGUUCACAGUGCUCCGCACACAUCAGCAACCCCGACCUGGACAAUCAUACAUGUGCAGAUCAAGCAGACAGGCUCCGUGAGCGCUUCGAGGGACAGACCAGAGGCCGAGACUACCAGCUCUGCCCACAGUGUAGCAUACCAGUCGCUCUCCAAGAUGGCUGCAAUCACAUGUCGUGUCCGUGCGGAACACAGUUCUGCUAUCUAUGUGGCGAGCGAGUAUUCGACACGAGACUCCACUGGAACGACGGAAGUCGCUGCGCGCGCUAUAACGGUUCUCCUCCUCGUCCAGCUACUCCGAUUGUAGUCGCCCCAGCGCCAGCAGAACCUCUCCCACCUCGCCGUCCACUUCCCGAGGGAAAUGGAGUUCUCCAGCUGCAGACAAACAUCCUCCACGAGAAUCGCGAUGACCGACAAGCACAAGCACUCCCUGUGGAACCCAAUCGGGAACGUCGUCGAGCACUCGAACAACGAGAACGAAGGGCACAGCGUCUUCGGGAGGAACAAAGCGCUGCACGAAGGCAUUUUGCCGAGGCUCGAGCUGAACGAGCAGCAACACGCGCAGGACGAUACUGAGUUUGAUGAAUUUGCGGUACAGGCCGGAGGACAAAGAUCAGAUGUUCAAGGGCUUGCACCGGAGGGAUCACGGAUGGACGUUUUGUUCUAGCAUAUUACUGCUACGUGAGUAUGUCCCAGUGCCGUUCGCUUCCGCGUGCGAAGGAGCCGUGCGCGUUGGAGACUGUCCCUCUUUCUUAGCGUUCGAGUGUACAUAUUCCGAAGAGCAUCAUGUCUCACAGUAUG